AUGCCCUUCCCAACUCUAGCCACACCCGGAAUCUUGAUGUUCUAUUGCACCUUCUCUAUUUCCUUUCAGCAUUUAGUUGAACCCUAUAGCGAUAUGCCCGAGCGGCUAUUCAGCAAGUGGCCAUCUCGGGACGGCUAUUAUCUGCCUAUCCAUCGCACCGGAGGUUUAUUCUUUGGCGAUGACAGGCGUACUUUUGGCGUCUCCGACGAUUUGGACCGUAUGCAAAAUUCGACGACAGCGCCCGCCAUCACGCGGUCAGAAGGUCCAGCGUGA